AAGUCUGCGAGCAACAACAAUAACAAGAAGAAGAAAUACCGUGUCACGUGACCCAGUGUUGACGGAAAUGCUUCAGGAAUGGCGAGAAACGAAGAGAAGCAGUGUGGCAGACUCAACAGACUGUGGCUCCAGAAAGAGAGAGAGGAGGGUCGCAUUAAAGAUGUCCACGUGUCAAGGCCAAAGCUUGCAACGUUAAACUCAGUGGCAGCAGUGAAGAAGUGGAUGCCGAGCAUCAAGAAGGAGAUUGAGUACUGUCUGCAGCAGUCGCAGUUAUCUCACUACCCAGAGAGGAAGAUAGAUGAGUUCCGUCAGCAUAUUGAGGAACUGGAGACCGAAUACAAACGUUACCUGAAGAAACUACACUCCCUGGACCCUACCUGCAAACACAAGCCUUGGGAACCUCGAGCAUAUGCCAAGAGGAGGCAGGAUCCAGGCAGCAAUCAAAACACCUCUAAAAAACUGUGCCUCCACAGCCCAAGCGGCCCCAGCAGAGAAGAAGAGUAUCUUAAUGAGGACGCCAACCCAGAGGAAGCAGGAAACCACACAUCUCACACUAAUAUACAAGAACUACCCACCCCAUCAGUUCCUGCUACCACCAGAGCCUCAGACCUCCCAGACCAGGACCUCCCGUUGUGCUUCGAUCAGUCCCGACUUGCUGUGGCGGUGGCCAGUUCACGUGUGGCUCUCGCCGGGCAGCAGCAGGACACGGGUACACUGACACGAGUGCUACUCACCGGCCUGCCCAACCUCCACAGCCUCCCGCUAGCACAGACAGCAGCAAAAGAAGCUACACGUCAGCCAUCCAGUGCUGAAACAGCCCAGAGUAAAAGUGAACAUUUACUGGGACUCGGCUGCUACUCGUCGUCCUCGGAUGAAGAGAUAUAGUUGAGUGAAAUGCAUUUAGACUUCAGUUUGUGAAAUUAUUAAAUAUCAUAAUGCUCAUUAGCUGAUGAAACAUUCCUUAUAGUUAUUUU